UUCCCGUUGCGGCGUUGCCCCAGCAACCAGACUAUUGGGACGCUGCGGCCUGGCCUCCAGGCCACUGGCUACCUAGCCCCGGGGCUCUUCACCAGCCCCGCUCGUUUCCAGCACUAUGUCGGUGCGGACGCUACCGCUGCUCUUCUUGAACUUGGGCGGGGAGAUGCUUUACAUCCUGGACCAACGGCUGCGGGCCCAGAACAUCCCGGGAGACAAGGCCCGCAAAGAUGAAUGGACAGAGGUGGACAGAAAACGAGUUCUGAAUGACAUCAUCUCCACCAUGUUCAAUAGAAAGUUUAUGGAGGAAUUAUUCAAGCCUCAAGAGCUCUACUCCAAGAAGGCCCUGAGGACUGUCUAUGAGCGCCUGGCUCAUGCCUCCAUUAUGAAACUGAACCAGGCCAGCAUGGAUAAGCUCUAUGACCUGAUGACCAUGGCUUUCAAAUAUCAAGUAUUGCUGUGUCCCCGACCCAAGGAUGUGCUGCUGGUCACUUUCAAUCAUUUAGAUACCAUCAAGGGAUUCAUCCAAGACUCUCCAACCAUCCUGCAGCAAGUGGACGAGACUUUCCGGCAGCUGACAGAAAUAUAUGGUGGUCUCUCUGCAGGGGAGUUCCAGCUGAUCCGGCAGACGCUCCUCAUCUUCUUCCAAGACCUGCACAUCCGAGUAUCCAUGUUUCUAAAGGACAAAGUUCAGAAUAAUAAUGGUCGCUUCGUGUUGCCGGUGUCCGGGCCUGUUCCCUGGGGAACUGAAGUUCCUGGACUCAUCAGAAUGUUCAACAACAAAGGUGAAGAAGUGAAGAGGAUAGAAUUCAAGCAUGGUGGAAACUAUGUCCCUGCACCCAAAGAAGGUUCUUUUGAACUUUAUGGAGACCGAGUCCUGAAACUGGGAACUAACAUGUACAGCGUGAAUCGGCCUGUGGAAACCCAUAUGUCUGGAUCAUCAAAGAACUUAGCCUCACGGACCCAGGAAAGCAUUGCUCCAAACCCUCUUGCUAAAGAAGAGCUGAAUUUCUUGGCCAGGCUGAUGGGAGGGAUGGAGAUUAAGAAACCCAGUGGCCCUGAGCCUGGAUUCCGGUUGAAUCUCUUUACCACCGAUGAAGAAGAGGAACAAGCAGCGCUAACCAGGCCAGAAGAGCUUUCCUAUGAAGUUAUCAACAUACAAGCCACCCAGGACCAGCAACGGAGCGAGGAGCUGGCUCGAAUCAUGGGGGAGUUUGAGAUGAUGGAGCAGCCAAGGCUGAGCACCAGCAAGGGGGACGAUUUGCUCGCCAUGAUGGAUGAGUUAUAGCUGUUCUGACCAGGCGUCCUCUGCCCCCAGGGAGAGGCUGCUGGAUGGUGAUCCCUGGGGAAUGCCCCAUGGCCCAAAAUGAUGCUGCUAGUUUUCUACUGAGUGAAGCCAUUACGUCUAGUUCUUGUUUAUGUUGUAAGGAACUGUGUGAGCCUCCCUCGGGGAGCACUCACUCUUGAAGGCACACACAUACACAUAUUCUCAGUGAAAUAUAUUCUGACUUUUAAACGUGA